UACAAUGUGCUGCCAGAGAGACAGCAGGCAGAGCACAGAGAGACAGCCAGAGUGGGAGGGAGAGAAAGGGAGAGUGCCAGAGCUGAAGCUGACCACUGAGGACACGGCGGCAGGCAGCCCCAGGAGCAGCGGCCCCCCAGUCCAGUCCCUAGAGCCCCCAGCCCCCGGCGGCAGCAGGAUGGGCUGCACCACGGGUCACCUGGCCUGCCAGCCGCAGCCCCAAGCCAACCCAGGCCAGGAGGCUCUGUCCCUGGAAGCGGGAGGCCCCAAGGUCCCGGAGGUGCUGUCCUCCCUGGAGCGCCUGUCCCAGGCCACGGGCGGCAUGGAGAAGUCCUGGUACCGCUGCAUCUUCCCCUUUGGAAUCAUCUCCCUGGUGAUCGGAGUGUCAGGGACCGGGGUCACGUACACGUACAACGACCUACCUCAGACCAAAGUGGUGUCGGUGGUUCUGCUGGUGGUCGGCCUGGUGCUGGUGCUGAUGGCCACUGCCUGCUGGUCGGUCCACAAGAAGAAGAAGAGGAAAAAGAAAGAAGGGGGCUCCUUCACCUCGGAGCAGUGCCCCUUAUGAGCGCUGGCCUGGGACACGAGGGACACCCGCGGACCUACGACCCAGGAUAGGAAGCUCCGGGUUAGGCUAGCACCUGUGAUCCACCACCCCCCUCUCCUCCUCCUCCACUCUCCACUAACUCCAUUCCCUUCCUCCCCUAGGUCUUUAUCAUGGACCUCUGCCCCGCUCCAAGUUCAGGAGGAAGACCGGAGACAACAUAGGUUUGGGAUUCCCGGACAGUUGGACUGACUAAAGGAUCACCGAGGAUCUGAGGAGGCUAACUGUGGAGUUUGUGGCUUUGGACUGGCGAUAGGGUUCAAACCAUCGCUUUCACACACACACUCGCUUCACCACGGCCGACAGCAGGUGUCCAGUGUCAAAACAACCUCCGUCCAGAGACACACACUCGCACACUCACACACAAACACACACACACAACGGAAGAUUGCCGGGCCACACAACCCACUAUGCGGAGCUGCUGUUGGAGUUAGUGCUGCCGUCACCGGCCGCGUCAGUCACAGCAUUUCUCCUGCGGGGACAGGUGACCGUCCAAGGGCAACCCGACACCGGGUCGAAAGAGGAGUGGACCCGCGUCGGCGGCCCACGUCAUUCACUCGUACUGUGACACCGUAGCAAUGUGUUGGGCUUUUUUUACGCAACGGGAGAGUGGAACCUGAGUCCAGCAGGAUCUUACUAGCAGCUGUGUGGACGAGAAGCUGGAGAAGCUGCCUAGGAAGGGAAAUGUGUGUGUGUGUGCGUGUGUUUGUGUGAGAUUCUGGGAAGUCUGAAAGACUUCUAUAUUUUUGGGGACUUGCUCCCUAACGACCUAAUGACCAUAUUGUCUUAAGUAGAGUGAUUGUGACCUGUCUCAGCAAUAUUACAGUAUGUGAAUUGAUGUGUGUGUGUGUGUGUGUGUGCGCGCGCGCGCGCGAGGGUUUUGUGUGCGUUCGUGCCUGCCUGCGUUCCUGCGUGUGUGCACGUAGAUGGUUUUGCCCUCUGAGGCCUCAGAAAGGACUCCUUGUAGUAAGCCACGGGCUAUAGACUCGAGGGCCAUAGUCGAGACUGACACAGAGGAAUUAGACUUCACGUGCCCCACAGUUGGACUCUUUCACGGAGAGGAAUGAAAAAGAGACAGGGCGGGAGGGGGGGGGAUUAUACACCCCAGACUCCUGGCCUUGCCCCUGUCCUGUGGGGAGAGGGGAUCUCACCGGUCUGCUGGACCAGAACUACUGAAGGACACUCUCCCUGGGGUGGGGGGGGGGGACAUGCCACGGGACGGACACUUCACCCCCAAACCCCCACCCCCCCAUCCCCCUUUUUGCCUAGUGCCUUGAACGAGCGAUCAUGGAAAAAGGCUCUGUGUGUUCCCCCGUUUCCAUCUGCUCUCCUGAGAAUGUCCCCCCCUUCGCUUGCUGCUCCCUCCCCCUCAUUCCACUCCCCUGGCAGCACUUCUCCCUCCAUUACCACCCUUAAUACACUUCCUCCCCCCUCCUCUUCUUCUUCCUCCUCCUCCUCCUCCUCCUCUCUCACUCUCCCUCCACCUUCUUUUGUCUCUUUAUCUCUCUCGGAACCCUGAGGUGAUGGACCUGGAGAACCGGCAUGCAGUCCGCAUGCAAACGCGUUCAAACACACACAUGUACAGAACACACACAGUCAACCUCACCAGCACUCAAUGUUGGUAUUUUGUUUUUGUUGCUUAUCCUCCUCCUCCAGAGGUCUCUCUCUGAGCGAGACUGGGAGGACUGGUCUCUGGCGAGGAGACUCUGGUGCAUUGGAUUACUGCCUUGUCCUGGUGACGAACAUCGAUGUCGUAAACGCGGAGAAUUCCCUCUCUUCUCUAAUGUGCUGAGGCGCUGCGUCCACCGUCUACCAAAGUAGAGAACGAACAAACGGCCGGCCCACUCCACUGUCUCUACACAUGCCUGUGUGACUGAGCACGGCUGACGGGCAUGAUGAGUUUCUCUCGCUGUUUUUCUUGCUGACAGCUUGUCUUAAUGAUUUAGGGGUGUCAGGAUGCAAAAGGGCUGGUCGAUGUGUGUGCCGAGACAAGGCAGGCAGUCUGGACUGGUGUCUGUGAGGGAGUCUGCCUUUACGGAAGCCCUUGAGGACUACCAUUGAUCAGCACUGUAUUGAUCCAGCUUCGUAGAUCUGUGACUCGUUUGGGCAAAAUGUGCUCAUGCAUUAAGGAGCCGUGAUCAGUGCCAAAGACUUCUCCGUAGAUCAGCCUGCCACACAAGGCCUCCCUACCUGCCUUGCUGCCUGGCUGGCUGCCUGUGUGGGCUGCCUGUUUUAUGGUGUAGUCGACGUAGAUAGAUCAGUAGCUGUCACGCUUUGCCUUGCCCUGAAUAUGUUGCUGUUUUUCGAUGUGUGCGUGCGUGCCUGUGUGCAUGCGUGCUUGCUCAAUUGUAGGUCAUAACUAAUGCAGCUUUCACUUAGUUGACCCAACAUAUUGAGUAGUGAGAGAUCAAGGGAGAGGCAGGGAGCGAGGGGAAGGCAGGCUCUGUCCAUGGCCAGAUUGGCAUCAUUCCUCCUGAACAAAACGUGAUUAUUCAGAGGUUCUAGCAUGCCCCUUUACUGGAAGUCACAGUGGUAAUGUCAAGUUAGCUUCAGAUAGAGAUCUGUGCCUUCCGGGUCCUAGCAAGACUGGUUUCUGGGCACCAGGCCACAAGGAAGGAACACAGUGCCUUCUCAGCUGAACUUGGCUGAUGAGUAGCAUUUACUGGAGAAACAAACUCCCCCAGGCAUUGGUCGUGUUUCCUUGUAUUGCUGUGUAUUUCUGCUGUACUGAUAAAACCUAACCAGGGUGUGUCCUGAUGUUGACAACCUCAUUGGAACAUCCAAGACUAUUCCAAGAUCUAAGAUACUUUUUUCUUCUAGCAUGUUAGGUCAGUGUGAGAGAGAGGGAAGUGUCCUUUUAGGUCGGUGUCUCUCUCUCUCUCUCUCUCUCUCUCUCUCUCUCUCUCUUUCUCUCUAUCUCUCUCUCCUUACCAAACCAGAGUGCAGGUCAUUCUUGCACGCUCAUUAGGAAGACAGCACAUUCUGACUGCAGAAUUUUGGAAGAAGGAAUAUUUCUGCUUACAAAGAGAAUACCUAGUGGACAUGGUGACUGUUGGAUAAAAGCAUAUAUGAACGUUCCUGUUAAUGCACAGAGGCAAGAAAUAGCAAGGUAACUGCUACAUGAAACUGACAGAAAUCUAUCCAGCUGGGUUGAUGGUUUUGUAUGAGCUCCAAGUGGACUGGCUGGAGAUGGGUGUUUCCUCUUUCUGCCCGCAUUCAUAAAAAGACAGAGAGAUAGAUGGAGGGGGAAGGCACAGCAAGGGGCUGGUACGUUUUCAUUGAGAGAAACCGACCGCAAAGAGCGAGUGACGUGCCAGGAAUACUGAUUUCCCGUCGGUAAGGCUGUUGUUUCAGCCACACACCUACUCAUGCAUGUACAGUGUGUGUACACCUGAGAGUUUCAGUCGCCAUGCAGUGUGUGUAAUGUAGCUCUACUUUGUGACACCGGAUUAUAAUCGACUAGUUGAAUGAGGGCACUUAUAGGGGAAUGUGGCUGCGUUUUGUUUGUUUGUAGAGAUGGGAUUCCUUUUUUACCCUCUGCUGCAACAGAGAAGAGUGAAAAUCUACCUCUCCUCUCUAGUGAGGGAAGUGUUUAACCAAGUGGACGGUCGUUUUGUUUGUCACUACCAAUGGUGACACAAAAUAUAUGUUCGUCUGCCCUAUAUUACUUGGUGUUGUACAUACAACUGUUUUAUAUUUGUACUGUAUAUUUAUACUCAUAUCUAAAUGUAUUUUUUUUGUUGUAUUAAACAAAUGUCAUGUGAAUA